UUAUAUCAUAUUGCUCUCUUAUUUUCGGCUUUGUGGUCGGCUGUUUAAACUAACGCUGGUAGUAUCGUCAAGCAAUCCAUACUUGGCCAGACCAGGGCCAUGAGUUAGCUUCAACACCCCCUCUUCAGUCAGCUCUGACUGUUCUCCACGGAUCGACUUCGAACCCCAGGUCAGGCUCUCUUGACAAUUUCUUCAACAGCGACACAUUGCAUGUACUUCUCGGCGACCAUGAGUUUCCAGGCUGACCCUCUAUUGGUGAAUAUCAAUGAUGCGCUUCGUAAGAAGUUCGAUCCUGAAGAUAAGGCUCUCUUCCCGAUGCAGGUUCCUGCUCAACUCCUGGACAGAAGUGCUUUCCAUUACGACGGGAGCGAUUCGGACUUUGCACAGAGGACUAAGCCGUCUUCCGUGGCUAACGCCGAGUUUGGUCUCACAGAUGGCAUGCUGGAGCUAUCUAGCAUUGUUGACGGACCCAACGGGAACAAACUCUCCAAGAAAUACGACUAAGUGCUUUCUGGCCUAAUGAUGGCCAACGAAGAGGCCAACCUCGACCAAGCCAGUGAAGCACUGCAACAGGCCCCCUACAUGAUGUUAGAGAGAUAAUAGUCAGAACGCAUUGUGACGCAAAGGAUAAAGGUGGUAAUUCAGAAUAACUAUUGUUCAAUUGAUGAUGUCGAAAGGUUGUAUUUCAGGAUGCGACGGGACAAAAAAC